AUGGAGCACAAUAUUCGCAUCCAAGUCGUAUGCCAACCCCCCAAUUCACCUGACCUUAAUGUUCUCGAUCUCGGGUUCUUUCGCGCUCUCCAAACGCUGCAGCAGCGACAAAACUGCAAAACGAUUGAAGAGCUUGUUGAAGCCGUCAAGUCAGCUUGGACAGACAUUCCCAUGGACAAUCUCCAGAGAAACUUCUUGACGCUACAAAGUGUCAUGGUGGAGGUCAUCAAAGCUGCCGGUGGGAAUGGUUUCAGCAUUCCACACAUGAAAAAAGCUCACCUCAGCCGCCGCGGAGAACUGCCAGAAGCGGUGACGUGCCCCCGGGAUGUGUACGAGAGUGGGUGCCAAAAGCUCCAAGAAUUUGACAGUGUGAAGGCUCGAGCCACACUAGCUGACGAGGUCCUUGCACAGCACAUCGACACGACAAUCGAGAUUGCUGAGGAAGCCAUUCUGUCCUCCAACAACUUCAGUCUCCAAUUCAUCCUCAGUACUGAUGGCCUAGAGCACGAGGUCAACGACGACGGAGACUUGCAUCAUGUCAUGUAUUACUUGUGA